UACACAAUACCCUUUAAUGACUUAUAAAUAUUUUCUGCAUCCUUCCACUCUUAUUCACAAUCCACUCUUUCUCUUUCUGUGUGUUUUACUUUCUUUUUCUGUCUCUCUGCUUUCACACUGAAGCAUUAAGCUUCUUUUCGUUUAUUAAUAAGGCAACGUUGACAUAGAACCAAUUAAGAGAAGCCAUGGUCUUCCAAAUGGUGAUUCUCAAGCUUGCACACUGGGUCUUGUACCGGCUGUUAGCUAACUCUUGUUACAGGGCUGCGAGGAAGAUGAGAAGUUAUGGCUUCUUCCUGAAGAACCCAUCUUUGAAAUGGUCACAACAGCAAGCUCAGUUGUUUCCUAGUGUGAGCAAAUGUAGUUUGGAGAACAGGGGCUCUGACACAAUAGUUUGUGAAAUUGAUGGAGCCUUGUUAAGGACCACUUCUUUCUUCCCUUAUUUCAUGCUAGUCGCUUUUGAAGGUGGUGGCAUUCUUAGAGCACUGUUUUUGCUGUUAUCGUGGCCUGUUUUGUGGGUUUUGGACUAUGAGCUCCAGUUAAGGGUCAUGAUUUUUAUAACCUUUUGUGGGCUUAGGAAAAGGAAUAUCGAGAGUGUUGGUAGGGCAGUUUUGCCUAAGUUCUAUCUAGAGAAUCUUCAUCUUCAGGCUUAUGAGGUCUUAGCUUCAACCGGGUCUAGGGUUGUUAUCACAUGCAUACCUAGAGUGAUGGUUGAAGGAUUUCUUAAGGAAUAUUUGAGUGUUGAUAAAGUGAUGGGUACUGAGUUGCACUCUGCUGGAAAUCAUUUCACUGGUCUUUUGUCUAGUUCUGGUUUGCUAGUAAAGCAUAGAGCUCUCAAAGAUUUCAUUGGAGACAAAACGCCUAAUAUAGGGCUUGGAAGUUCAAGACUCCGUGACCAGCUCUUCAUCUCUCUUUGCAAGGAAGCUUAUGUGGUGAACAAGGAAGACAAUAAGAGCAAUGCAAGUGCAAUAAUGACGAGGGACAAAUAUCCAAAACCUCUUAUAUUUCAUGAUGGAAGACUAGCUUUCUUGCCAACCCCAUUGGCGACUCUUGCAAUGUUCAUGUGGCUUCCUUUUGGUGUACUUCUUUCUAUCUUUAGACUCACUGUGGGUAUUUACCUUCCUUACAAAUUAGCCCUAUUUUUGGGCAUUAGUAGUGGCAUAGAGGUGAAAACCAAAGGGAGCCUCCCUCCAAUUUCAGGGCACAAAAAGGGAGUUCUCUACGUCUGCACUCAUAGGACACUAUUGGACCCGGUUUUUCUCAGCACAUGCAUAGGAAAACCAUUGACUGCUGUCACAUAUAGCCUGAGCAAGAUGUCUGAAUUAAUAUCACCAAUUAAAACAGUCAGGCUGACUAGAGACAGGAAGAAAGAUGGGGAAUCCAUGGAAAGAUUGUUAAAUGAAGGUGAUUUGGUGGUAUGUCCUGAAGGAACCACAUGUAGAGAGCCAUAUUUGUUGAGAUUUAGUUCACUGUUUGCAGAGUUAGCUGAUGAGAUAGUCCCCGUUGCUGUAAAUACCAGUGUAAGCAUGUUUUAUGGCACCACUGCAACUGGUUUGAAAUGCUUGGACCCAAUCUUCUUCUUGAUGAACCCUAGACCUAGCUACCAUAUUCACAUCCUUGAAAAGCUUCCCAGAGAACUCACAUGUGCUGGGGGAAAAUCUAGCUGUGAAGUGGCCAAUUAUAUCCAAGGAAAACUGGGUGAAGCUCUGGGUUUUGAGUGCACUACUCUCACAAGGAAAGAUAAGUACAUGAUGCUAGCAGGAAAUGAAGGAGUUGUCAAGGAUAAACAAAGAAAGCACUAGAUAUAUAUGUAUGUUAAACUAUAUAUACCUUCCACUCAUUGUAUGAAGUUUCCAGUUUUUCCUCUUUUUCUUUUUGGCCCUUUUUUUGCUUUCGAACGACCUGUGUGUACUUUUGGUUUGGUUA